UGGCCCUCUGGAGCGGAGGAGGCGGGUGGACAGGCGGCUGGAAGUGCGAGCGGCCGUGCGGUGGUCGAUUCCCAUCUGGACGCCGACGAUGGCGAGCCCGCCGGCUGUGCCCCGGCUGCCUCCGCACGACCCGAGGACGCCGGCUCUGUCGGUGGUGGACAUGCACACGGGCGGCGAGCCGCUGCGCAUCGUGCUGGCUGGGUGUCCGGAGGUGGUCGGCCCCACGCUGCUGGCGAAGCGGCGCUACAUGCGCCAGCACCUCGACCACGUGCGGCGACGGCUCAUGUUCGAGCCCCGGGGCCACCGGGACAUGUACGGGGCUGUGCUGGUGCCGAGCGAGCUGCCUGACGCGCACCUGGGCGUCCUGUUCCUGCACAACGAGGGCUACAGUUCCAUGUGCGGCCACGCGGUGCUGGCUCUGGGCCGGUUCGCGCUCGACUUCGGGCUGGUGCCAGCCCCCCCAGCCGGCGCCCGCGAGGCCCUGGUCAACAUCCACUGCCCGUGCGGGCUGGUGGCCGCCUUCGUGGAGUGCGAGGGCGGCCGCAGUGGCGGCCCGGUGCGCUUCCACAGCGUCCCGGCCUUCGCGCUGGCCACAGAUCUCCUAGUGGAUGUUCCCGGUCAUGGAAAGGUGGUGGUGGACAUUGCGUAUGGUGGCGCGUUUUAUGCAUUUGUUAGUGCUGAAAAGUUAGGACUUGAUGUUUGUUCCACAAAGACAAGGGACCUCGUGGAUGCAGCAAGUGCAGUGACAGAAGCAGUGAAAGCUCAGUUUAAAAUUAAUCAUCCUGACAGCGAAGACCUUGCCUUUCUAUAUGGAACUAUAUUAACGGAUGGAAAAGACACUUAUAGUGAGGAACCAACCACCAACAUCUGUGUGUUUGCAGAUGAACAGGUUGACAGAAGUCCUACUGGCUCAGGAGUGACAGCCCGAAUUGCCCUACAGUAUCACAAAGGGCUUCUAGAACUGAACCAGACCAGAGCCUUUAAAAGCAGUGCAACCGGCUCAGUAUUCACAGGGAAGGCUGUGAGGGUGAGUGGCACCCUUAGCUUCUCAUUUGAAGUAAAAUGUGGUGAUUUUAAAGCUGUUAUAGUGGAAGUAUCUGGACAAGCCCAUUACACAGGUACAGCAAGCUUUAUAGUAGAAGAUGAUGACCCACUGAGGGAUGGAUUUCUUCUCAAAUGACUUAUAUGACUUUUAAGGGCUUUCUUUAAAUUGUUAUCAUAAGUAAUUUUUCUCUGAAUUAUGUGGAAAGCUGUAUCCAAAUUGUACAUGUAAGCCAACUAACAUUCUUAAAAUAAUACACUGUGGUUAAAUAUAAAGUCAUUAUUCCUCAUAUUUAUACAUGUGUAUUGGUAUAAAUAUUGCUUAUAGAAUACAAAAUGCAGAAUACUUUUCUAAUUAUUAACGUAUCAGGUAAAAUUAAAACCUUAGUUCUUGUUACUUUUAAAUAUUCCUCUGUGGUAAUUACUAUAAUAUUCUGUUUUAAAUGCUCUUUGAAGAAUAGCUUCAAUUGUAGCCCU